ACAUGGCAAAAGUGUAUAACCCAGUACCCACCCUGACAACAAGAUACAUGUAUCCACCUUCAGAUCCAUCCCUUUCCACUAUUCUGGAUCACUGGAUUCUAUCCCCCACUUCUUCCUUUCAUUUCACUGCCCCCCACCCCCAAGUGCCUUGAGUUUCAAGUAAUCUUGAAUCUAUCUAUCUACAUGUAUUUAUUUAUGCCUAGAUUCCUUUAAAUCUUUUCCCAAAUUUGAUUAAAUCCUGUCCCCCACUCUGUUCUCUGGGUGUCUGAUGCGAGCUUUAAUUCGGCUCGGGUAUGGAUCAUCAAGGAUCCGGUAAUCGGGUAGAAGCUAAUCCGGAACUGGGUUCGACUGCGCAAAGUGUGGGCGAGACGAGAAUCGCGAUUGAAGUUGAUGAAAAGGAUGAGAAUUCAGUGAGGCGAGGUGAUGAUGAGGAGGAGGGAUUUUGUUGUGGGGAGGAUUUGGAAAGGGUGUGCAGAAUAUGCCAUUUGAAUGCGAAAGAUAUGAAGAAUUCAAAGGAUUUGAUUAUUGAGCUGGGUUGUAAUUGUAAAGGGGAGCUUGGAUUUGCCCAUUUGCAUUGCGCAGAGGCAUGGUUUAAGCUCAAAGGAAACAGGUUAUGCGAAAUAUGUGGGGAGACGGUGAAAAACGUGAGAGGCGUGGGCGAUGCGAGGUUCAUGGAAGAGUGGAACGACGGGGGAGCUAGCGCUGCAGAAAGCGGUAAGAGUUGCUGGAAUGGACAGCCAUUCUGCAACUUCUUGAUGGCCUGCCUGGUUAUAACGUUGUUACUUCCUUGGUUUUUACGAGUGGAUAUCUUUUGACAUUAAGUGAUAGAUCGAAGAUGCAAAGCAUUCUUAGCUUGAGUUUGAUUCUCUGUAAGUGUAAGUUGUAGCCUCCACUUGAAUAUAUACAUAAACACACACACAGUGAUGUACAAUGUUGAUUACACUAUUGUCUGGUCCAUCAAAAGUUGAAAUAUUGUCUUUACAUGAAAAA